UUGGCGCGUCAGUCGGCAGGCACUGGCAGUCGCUUCAGAGCCGCGCGGUGUGUGGUGUGUUAUGUCUCCUAGAUCGUUGUGUUAUUAUGUUACGCUACCAAAGCCGUGAAUUUUUAUCAGACAUUAACUUCUGCAAGAUCUAGGCCAGAUUGUUAUCAGUAAACUAAAGUGAAAAAGAUCGUACGAAUUUAAAUGUGAACUGUAUGGUUUUAACCGAGUACUAUUUUUCAAAGUAAAUACUAUCAUCACCUAUGCCUACUAAGAAUAAAAUCAAGUCACCACAGCAGCUAUGGGAAAGUUUAUCCUCAGUUUUUGUUGAAUUUGUGGAAAGGAUAUUUUUCUAUUUAGGUGUUUAUGUUGGAAAGCAUCCAUGGAGAGUUAUUGUGACGACAUGGCUCUUUGUUUUGAUAAGCUGUUCGGGACUAUUAACAUUUUACAUAGAAAAGAAUCCUAUGAAGCUAUGGGUUCCACCGGAUUCAGAUUUUUACAAAGACACAAACUGGUAUAUAGAUAAUUUUGGGACAAAUUUCAGGCUUCAGAAUAUUCUUAUCACAGCCGAUAAUGUCCUCGAUUCUAAAGUUCUCAUGGCUAUUAGUAACAUAACAAAUCACAUUAAUUCGCUACAAAUUAAGCAUAAUGAUAAGUCUUACAGACUAAAAGAUUUGUGUUUUGAAGUGCCUGUAGUCAACAUUUUUGGAUCAAAUUGGAAUCCUAGAUCUGAAGAUAAAGAACUGACAAAGGUAAAUACACCAACUAAAAAGGAUUUUUCCGAUCCAACCCUUUGGGUCGAAGAUGAAUUCUAUUGUAGUUUCUUAAAUAACUUCCCUCAAACAUGUUUACAAUACAAUAUCUUAGAUGUAUGGAAUAACAAUCCAGAAGCCAUAAAAAAUGCCACCAAUCGUGAAAUUAUAGCAAAAGUGAAUGAUUUAAAAAUAAAUCCAGCAACUGGUCAUCCGAUAGACUUCACGAAAAUGCUAGGUGGAGUGAAAAGGAAUAAAGAUGGUGUUAUUGUGGCAGCUAAAUCACUGUUAAUUAAUUGGUAUAUGGAUGUGAAUAUGACAGAAGUGAAUUUAAACGAAGUCGGUAACCUAGUGGGCACUGAAGAUUGGGUAUCCGUGCCGCUUGCGUUGUGGGAAGAAGAAUUCCUCAGAGCUGUUAAAAUUAUGGAUUAUGAAGACCUAGGUAUCAAAUUAUAUUAUGAAGCCGGCAGAAGUUUUGCGGAUGUCAGUGGUGAAGCGAUGUUUCAAGAGAUGGAUAAAUUAUUUUUAGGUAUUUUUUUAAUGUUUAUUUAUAUACUAGUAGCCAUUUCUCGGUGUAACUGGUUAGAAAUAAAGUUAACGUUAGGUAGCGUGGGUUUAUUAGGUGUAGGCAUGGCCUAUGUCACUUCUGUCAGUUGGUGUUCGAUUUUAGGGAUUCCUUUCGGACCUGUACAUUCUUCUUUGCCAUUCCUCCUUAUGGGUCUUGGGGUUGAUGAUAUGUUCGUUAUGAACGCCUGUUGGAAAAUAGUAAUGUCGACUGACUCACACAAGAGUACACCAAUUAAAAUAGGCUUAAUGUUAAAGCAUGCCGGUGUAUCCAUUGUUAUUACUUCAUUUACGGAUAUCGUGGCUUUGUUAAUUGGUGCUAUAACAAUUCUACCUUCACUUAAGUCGUUUUGUAUGUAUGCUGCUAUGGGUGUAUUCUUUAUAUUUUGUUACUCUGUCACGUUUUACGUUGCAGUAUUUACAUUGGAUCUUAGAAGGGUCGCGGAGAAACGUAACGGGAUUUUAUUUUGCUACCAACAUACUAAGGAAAUUGCGAUAUCUACUGAAAAAACUUUGUGUGAAAAAAUAUUACAAGGUUUUUAUAAGAAAGUCGUAUUUACAUUGCCAGGUAAAACGGUGGUUCUAUUGUUCACCUUAAUAAUUACAGGUGUAAGCGUGGAGUCUCUACUAAGAUUAGAACAAAGAUUCGACCCAAAGUGGUUUAUACCAAGUGAUACUUAUUAUAAAGAUUUUCUUAAUGCACAUUCCUUAUAUUAUCCUGAAGACGGUUACUCGGCGAUGAUAUUUUUGGGUAAAAUAGAUUAUAAUACCGAUUUUGAAAAUGUGUACGAAAUGGUACAAAAACUGCGUAACGAAACAUAUAUCACAGAUGUUUUAACAUGGAUUGAACAUUUUGAUGGAUAUGUCUUACAAAAUUAUGGUCAAAAUUUGAAAAAUACUAGUUCAGUUUCAGAUGACGACUUUAAUAAAUAUUUAUCAAGAUUUUUGUUCAGCUCCGUAGGUGGUCGAUUUCAGGUCAAUUUUAAAUUUUCAGAACAAUUAAAUUGCGGGUAUUCCGCUAGUGAGAUAAAUGCUUCGUCCAUGUCUUUUAGAUUUCGAAAAUUUGAUGGUCCCGAACAGUACAUACCGGCAAUGAAUCGGGUUAAAAGUAUUAUCAAAUCUGCGAACAUAACAACGGGCGACGGCUAUCGUUCCGUUUGGUCCAAAGCUUUCGCAAAUUGGGUCACAGAUGAAAUAAUCGCAGUAGAAGUUGAACGAAAUAUCGAGUUGGCCUUGCUUUGUGUGAUGGUGUGCACAAUUAUUUUGAUAACAAACCUACAAAUGUGCUUGUGGAUAUUCAUCUGUGUUCUCCUAACAAUAGUGAACGUAUUAGGUUGCAUGCAACGGUGGGGCAUGACAGUGGAUAUUGUGUGCUGUAUUGGCCUCGAACUUGCCAUUGGUCUGUGUGUGGAUUACGCCGCUCACGUGGGCCACACGUUCUUAACAUUCACACAAGGCUCCCGGAAUGAAAGGGCUUUUAAAACUGUAACGUCGAUAGGCACGGCUGUUUUACUUGGAGGCGGCUCUACCUUAUUGUCUCUAUCACUUCUAAGUAUGUCUAAAGCUUAUACGUUUCAAUCAUUUUUCAAAAUAUUCCUCUUAGUAAUACUGUUUGGACUUUUUAGUGGUUUAUUGUUUUUGCCCGUAGUUCUGUCGCUAAUAGGUCCUGCGGGUCACAAAAAGAGUGACGAGAAUAACGCGAUACCGGAAGCAGUAGAAUUAAAUGGUAGAACAGAUAAAGAGAAACAAAUUAAUGAUAAUUAAAAUAAUUAGCGAAUAAAUUAGGAAUUUAAUAAGUAAUGUGAUAACUAGUGUAUAGGACAGUAUGUGUAUAUAGCUGAAGUGUUCAGGAAACAAAGUUAUAAAAAAUAAUUAAACAGGCUUAAUAGUAGGAAAUAAAUUGUUUUAGUAACUAAUUGUAUAGUUUAUCUUUAAGGUAAUAUAUUAAUUACCUACUUAAUCUAUGCUUUUAUACUUUUAUCAGUUCUUAUAUUGAUUGUACAAUAUUAUAAAUGUAUAUUAUAAGUAAAAGACUGGGAUUUUAGAUUACUUUUCAUCCGAUUAAUUCAUCGGGUUUAUCAGAUUUAAUAAAUAAUGCUGAUUGUCAUAAGCCUCUAUCUAAAACGUGACCUUAUAGACUAAUAACUUUUUUAGCCAAGUUAAUAAUAUCCAAAGUUUAAAAUACCGGGCUCUGAGAUGUGCUCAAACAUUAAAUUAUACCUCUAUUCUUACUUAAGAUUUCUUUCAAUUGGCUUUAGACAAAUAAAAUAGGGGGUGUUUUACUUGGACUAAAAGAAGAGUGCAUGGUAUUUACCCAAAAUAUGAGAUAAAACACAAAAGCAUAUUUAAGUCCAAAGGUAAAGGCACACUUUUUCGAUGUUAUUAUUACACUCAUAGUCUAUAUCUGACUUAACGUUGGCUUUUUCUGUAUAUUCUGUGCAAUGUUUUAAUUACACUUUUAAGCAAUUCUCGUGGCACUAAAUAAGGUUAUUGAAAGACGUCGAUUGAAAUUUUAUAAAACUUUAUGGCCUAAAAAUUGUCAGAUCUAUAGUAAUAUAUUGAUCAAACAUUAAGUGUAGAAGAGUACGGAAUAUUGGCAAUACUAUUCUAUCUUAUUAAGACUCCACGUGUCAUGAGUUAAUCAGUUAAUUCACCAGCGGAAAUAUAAAACUACGGCAUAAUUCGCGUCAAGUUAAGAUCACAGAGAGCACUUAAAACUGUUUAUUAAAUUAUGUUCCAGCGAUAACGUUGUCAUAUAGACACAAAUGAUUUACUAUUUGAAAAAGGUUAAGAUAAUGCGGUCAAAUAAUUGAAUAAGUAGUUAGUAUAUUGUGAAGAGAAUAUAUAAUAUGUAAUAUUAUAUUACAAUUGUGAUGUCAUGAUACAAGUUCUCUAGACUCAGACAUCUGCUUAUUUUGUGGCAUUGUAUGGGUCUUUUGUAAUUACACUUCUCAAUUGGUUCCAUUUUGCGUCCUGUGUUGGUCAGUUACUCCAAACAGCUCAGAUUCUUCUAGAAGUUUGCCACUGUUGUAUAUUUCAGGGUCACAUGAAUCCUUCAGCAGACAUUCUCUGCAUUUAGGGCUUGCCGUUAUGCAGAUUGUGAAAAGGUGCUUGUUUAGUGGCGUGUGACCAGCUGCCCGCUAUAAUACGAAUACCGAGUCUGUUUGAAAGCUGUUGAGGAGACGGUACAAUCUGGGCGAUAGUCCGGGUGUAAUUCUUGUGACUGCCUGCUGCUUGUAAGGUUUAUGUACCCAUCUUACUGUGUAGGUUGUUAGUAAAAGAGUAUAUCCAUGAACGUAUGGGUGAAGGGCAGUGGCAGGAUCGGUACUGGCCCAGCCACCUGAGUUACUGCAUCCCCUAUGUUUAUUAUAAUUAUAGGUCUUAUGACAAAACCAUUAAUCUACCUCUCAACACUAAGUUAAUUAUGGCAAACAGGAAUGUUUUUUGUUUUUUGGUGCAGAUAAAUGAAUAAAAUAAAGACAAAUUAAUUUGAAUACAAAAUUUAUAAACGAUGCGGGUCUCUUGCCGCGACCUCUCGCAUUCCGCGCUAGAAUAAAAUUAAUUUCUGUAAUUAAUCCCAUAAGUGAGGGUUAUGAUUUAAAAAAAAAUUAAUAUAAUAUAUACAUUUAACAUAUUUAUUUUGGACAAGAAUGAUAGUAAAGUUAUCUAUUAUGUGGUUUUUAACAACAGUGAAAGAUUUUAAAAAUAAACAUUGUAAAAUAGUACUAGAUAAGCUAUUCAACCAUUAUGAACCAAGUAAUACAUAAUAGGAUGUUCUUAUAUACUGGGUGGCCGAGAAGUUGACGUCCAAAGCUAAAAUUUGAGUUUGGCUCAUUUUAUUGGCCAAUGUUCUGGGAAGUUUUAGAAGCAAUAGGCUCCUCAUUUUUUUUUUGAUACCUUGAACUUUUUCAUAAAUUUAGCUGGAGCAGUUAUCUUGAACAUACGACUCAAUUCUAAACUAGUUCCGCAUUGUAGUUUCUAAUGUGGUUAUUGCAACUGUAGUUAAUAAUUGUCAUCAAUAAAAUUCACUAAAAGUGUUCAAAAAAAUUAGAAAAAAGUCCUAAACCACAAUUAGGUGAAAAGCGGAUAAAAGGGGAAAAAAAUUAUUAUCUCCUGAACUACGCAAAAUCGUAGAACAUACAUAGGGGUGAUUCGGCAACUCAUCACCUUUCACCUGGUUUUCAAAUUUUAGCUUUGGACGUCAACUUCUCGGCCAUCCUGUAUAUAAAUAUAAACACGUGUAUUAUAUUAUUUUCAAAUAAACAUUAAUAAAAUAAAUACCAAUUACAAUAAUCUAAGAAACAUUUACCUAUAUAUACUUAAACAUUUAACAAAAGUUAUUCUCUUGACGAUAAACUCGUCUUAUUUAGGUCGCAAAUAAUUCAUAUUAUUUUUACCGUAGGGAAUUAGAAUUUAGGAUUUAGAAUAAUUCCGUGAAUUUAUGAAAUAACCAACUCCAUAAUAAUAAAAUACAUCUUUAUUUAAAUUUAAAUAAACAGAUAGAGCCACGCUACCUGACGCUGACAUAAAUAUAAUGUAUGAAACAAUAAUAUUAUGUUAUCAAUAGCUAUGUCAUUAAACUUUUAUCUUAAAAUAAUUAUUUUUAUAACUCAUGAAUGAAUCAAUAAGAACAAUGAGUUGCCAACUUCAUUUCUGCAGCGCGCGGGAUUCCGGAUGGAAUGGAAUAUAAUGAAACGGCUUCCGAGCGAUAACUCAACAAUUGUAGGGCGUUAUUAUGUAUAUUCAAUGAUAAAUGUAUUGAAAGUCCUUUGGAAACAAUGACAUUCUAUACACAUAAAGCGACAUAUCAUUCGCAUUCUGAUAGUGGAACGGCAAUCUUCUCUCCUUAGUCGUGUGUCAACUGUCACUGUCCGAAUUGAGUUCCUAAAUUCAACAUAAGAAAGCUUUUUGUCGUGUUAUUUGUGGCAUGUUCCAGAUUUCGGCUUUGCUUUUGUAUGACGUGAUUUGUCUGUAUGUACCUAUAGGAUGUCAUUGUUUGGAAACGAACACAUAACAAUAUUGUCAAACAUUGUCUUACGUUAUCGCAUAACUGCAGAAUGGGAAACCUGAUUUUAAAGCUGGACUUUUUAUUUACAACCUCAUUAAUGUAAUGUCUAUUAUGUAUAUCAGAAGUUUGUAGUUCAAUACCCCUGUGAUAAUCAAUCAAUAAACCGUUAGCAGCUACUGUCACAUUUACAUAUUAUUAUUAAAAUGCAUUAAUGUUAUUUCUCUUCCAUAAGUACGAUAAGUAUGACAAUGUUUUAGUGUAAGAUUUAAAAACGUUAUAAAUUUUUUAAUGUUAAUAAUUAAAAAUGAUAACACGAGUUAACUUAUCGUUUUAAUGAUACACAAUGUAUUGAGGAAUCCGUGAAUUCGAAGGUUUUCAUAUCUGCGAUAGAUACCUACCGUAAAAUAUAAAAACAAUGUAUCUACCUACUGCCUAGUCUCAAAAUGUAUUUUAUAUUAAAGCUACGUACAUAUGUAAUUAUUUACCUCAUAUUUUUUAAAAAUCAGACACUGUCCUUAUUAAUAUAUAGUAGACAAUUAAUAAUUAUUAAUAACAAUAUAUAGCUGUUACCAUCACCGCUAGAGAUAUUGUUCUUUCUUGCGCUAUUUGUUUAUGUAUACAAUAUUAUAUAGUAAGUCUGUGGCAUCCUCUAAUACUUCAUAAAUCAUUACUUUAAUUUGCCACACUGUCCAUCAAAGCGGUACAUUCUAAAUUCAGUAUAGAAGCGCCCGCGGCUCAUCAAACUUAGCCCCCCAAAAAAAAAUUUUUUAUAUUUUUGAAUUUUCAAUAUCGCAUAUCGUUAGUUCGUAGUUUGUUCUUAAUUGUUCGCUAUAAAUAAUUGUUUGUUCUUCUGUUGUUUAUUUAAAAACAAUUAAUUAAAAAUGGGGGGAAACGCCUACUAUUUGGUUCAGGCACUCGCCGGCCGCUACCGCGGCACGCUACGCUCGGCUCGUGCGUUGUUUUAACUGUUCUAACAUAACCUAACCUAACUUAUUUUAAUGAAUUGCAAAUUUAAAAAAAAAUCGAGAACAAACAAAUGUUUAUAGAGAACAAUCAAGAACAAAUGGCGAACUAACGAUGCAAUAAAAAAAAUUAAAAAAUAAAAAUAAAAAAAUCUGGGGGCUAACUUUCUUGAGCUAGCGCCCGCCAUUAUUUGACAGGAGGAUCAUUUUAUCUACACAAAUAAAAGGGAAUAAUGACACUGUCAAAAAAGCGUUCUCUUUGUAAUUGGUAUACUAUAGAAUUAAUAAUUAUUCUGUCUUUUACAACUUACUUGCUCAAAAAACAUGAGGAAGAAUAGAUUUAACUUAUAGAUUCCUAUUUCUAAUAACGGUAUCCUGUACGGUUUUUAAUUAACAUAAAAAGAUAUAUUAACAUAAGAAGAUUACCACCAAGGAAUUUGCAAUUAUUGCCCACAAUGGAUAGGUAGAAGCUGAAUGAUCAAACCGUUUUGGAAGGGCUAUUGCUCAAUACUUUUGUCUCACUUUAAUCCUUAAGAGAAAAUGAGACGAAAUAUGUAGCUCUAUUUCAACAUGGGCACUAGGCGCCAUUUUGUUUUGUUUUCUCGAAAAUGUGUUCUCCUGACUAUGGACUUGUUUGGUCUUGGCUUGUAAGCGCUUGUUUUGUAAAAACCAACUUACCCAACUAGUAUUAUAAAUAACUAUUACCACCCACAUUUUGUUUAUCACCCGAAUGUUUUGAGAUUUUGGCCAUUUCUACGUCUUUGACUAAACAUUUAGACUAACUGAUCAGUCAUGAUGACCUCUGCGAGCAGGCCAAGUGUUAUCAAUUAUACGCCGUGUGAUAAAUAAACUGGCAAAAUAUGAAUUAUUUAUUCAUUAUCGCUACGUUUUAAGGUCAGCACAUAAUAUCUGAGUCAAAAUCGCUUCACUUUAGAACCAACGAGAUCUUUGUACGUUGUAGAUUAUGUUUUAAAACGUAUGAUCUAGCGAACCUCUUUUCACAAAUGGAAGAGUCUUAAAAUGUAAACUGCACGUUUGGCCCGAGUUAGUGAAUCUCUUAUAACAUUAUGUAAAUCUGCUGUAGAAGGGUGUUGGUGCUUUAUAAAUGGAAUAGUCUUCAUCUGAUAUAUUUAUUGCUUAUAGUAAAAUCAAUCUUGUGUGUGUUUUUAACAUUAAGCAGUUACUACACUGUCUCUGGACCUCGCUGGAACGUGAAGCGCCCUCCCGUUACUCUUUCACUCCCACGCGCUCGUCCUGUUGCGUCAGUACGGUUUGCAGUUUUAUAAUCGUUAUGUACAUGUCAUGAUAUUUUCAUACUAUCACUGUUUUGUUUCCCAUAUUUUCAUUUUUACGAUUUGACUUUUGUUGUUAAUAGUUCUGUAGUUUCUGUUGUUGUGUGUCGCUACUGUCGGAUAAAAUAAAUACUUUUCUUACUUAAUCCAGGUUCUUUCAUUGAUUUUUCAUAAUAAUAAUAAUAAUAAUCGGCAUCACAACACGAUACCUUUACAUCAUUAAAUUAUACAGAUAAAAUAAAUCGUAGUUUAUUUAUUAAUAAUAAUAUUCUAGUGAUGCUUGUUUUACACACCGUAACAAAGAUAUGAUAUGACGUCAUCAACGUCAUGUCCAGAGGUAAUGUAACCGGGUAGUAGGUGAUAGAGCUGAGACUCCACGCAUUAUUUUGUGUAAAUUCCACCAAAUUACCAUGACGAUUAAUGGUAGGGGAUGUUUGAUGACUGGCUGUGACACAUACUGUGGCGACCCAUACUUUGGCAACCCAUACUGUGGCGACCCAUACUGUGACGACCCAUACUGGGGCGACCCAUAAUGUGGCAAGUCAUACUGUGACGACCAUGCUUAACUCGAGCCGUACUGAAAUGAAUGUGAGUUGAGAACAAUUUUACAUUUACCCACCUACGUAUUAUUUGUUAUUUACUAGAGAUGCUUAAAUGAUUUAUACGUCUAAAUAAACUGUGAUAGCUGUGAAAACGUCGAGAAGAAAGUUGAGAGUAAAGUGUCAUACAAAUCGCGCGUAUAAGCGUAUAUCGCUUGUCACGCACACUAAAGUAAUAAACCUGGCCUGUUUUCAUCGGUUGUCUAACAGUAAGAGACUCUAUCUAGACGUAUAAAUUAUCUCAGCUUAGAUGUUACACUAUUUUAUGAACACCAACAUAGAACAGAGAGAUUUUUUAAGUCGUUUUCGUGUUCUAAAUAUUCUUUGGUGCUAUUUUGUUUUCGUGAGAUUUAGAACUGAUAUUUUGCAGUCGAAAAAUGCAUAAGUGAAUCGUAUUUUAUACUUUAGUAUAUAUACUUACUUACCUGUACUACCAUAUGCUACUAAUUUACUUUAAUAUUGUGAACAAAAUUCGAUAGUGGAUUGGGCGAAGAUGGAUUAUCGUAGCCGAGAGUAAUACAAAACGAGUGUUGUUACCGGAUAUAGUUAUUAUAGACUUACAUUAAUACUAACGUAUAGACGACCUGACACGUUGCUAAUGUGAUACUUAUCUUGAUUUAUGAAUGUGUGCGUUAGGUCAUUUAAUAUUCAAAAUAAGAAGGAGCUAAUUCCAAGCGUGACUUGUCAAUCAAAGUCAAUAACAGUAAGUUCAGGGGCUUCCAUUAAUUACGUCAUGUAUUUCUGAGACCUUGUCAACCCCCCUCCCCCUUGGUGAGAUAUUCCUCAACUCCCUCCCCCACCCCUAAUCACGCGAGACUCUUCAAAAUUUAUGUUUUGGCUAGCCAGCUGGACAGCCGUCCAAGAAUGUGAGAUUGGAAAGAUUUAGCUUGAUCCCCCAGAACACCUUACAUAAUUAACGGACGCCCCUUACAGUAACAAUAGUUUCAUUUUCUAUCUUUGUUGUAUGUCUGUUACAGAUGUUCUUCUUUCUCGCACGCUGUGUUUGUCUAUACGAUAGUAUAUUGUACGUCUACGGAUAUAACUGAUGUUUUACAAUAGUUGUCAAACAUGUUAAAAUUUUCCAUGUUAUGUUAAGUAGGUUAAGUUAUCUAAAUAAAUGAGUGGAACUGGUAGAUGUUAUUAUAAGAUCAUAGUGUGUGUGAAUGUAAAAUUUAACGUUAUGAUUUCACGGAAUAAUAAAAAUUUUGGGCUUGAAAA